AUGCACGCCAUCAUCGGCGCAGCAACAUCCCAUCUCCGUCGCAUCUACCCAGAAGACAACACAUACACAAUGGUCGAGGCAUACCACUGGCAAAAAGCCAUCAAGCAGUACUCCGAGGAGAUAUCCACCGCCGUCGGCCCACACAACAUGGACCCCCUCUACUCCGCCUGUCUCCUAAUGACCAUCCACUCAUUCAGCCUGGAAGAAUACAACCCCCGCAGCUCCUUCGUCUUCUCCGACGACCCCGAAUCCCUCAACUGGCUGAUGCUCCAAAGCGGUCUGCGCUAUCUCCUCCAGCUAACAGUCCCCUGGAUGACCCAAAGCAUGUGGUGGGACGUCUUCAAGCGAUCUCGCGAAGGCAACCCCCUCUACGACGACCAUCGUCCCGGCCGUGUCGAUUUACACCCGGAACUCGCCGACAUCUGCGGCAUAGACGAUAGCACGACCGAGGAAACAAAUCCCUACCACUGGCCUCUGCGAAUGCUAACCCCAUUGCUCUCCCUCGAACGAAGUCUGAAGACCUUCACCCACUAUACGAAUUACAUGGGCCGGCUACUACCGGACUACUACGACCAGUUAUUGAAGAAGGACCCGCCUGCGCUGAUUAUCCUCAGCUGGUGGCUGGCCCUUAUUGUAAAUCUCGAUGUCUGGUGGAUGGAAACGCGAGCCAAGUCCGAGUGCGUAGCGAUCUGCAUGUACCUGGAGGAGAGCGACGAUCCGCGCAUUCUUAGCUUGCUGGAGUUUCCGGCGCAGGCUUGUGGGUAUUUACUUAAGCAUGUACAGGAGCGGAUAGAGAGGCAAUAUGAUUUGGUGGUGUUGUAA